UGGAGACAGCAGACUUUUCUGCUGAGUUAAAAAGACAGAGAGCUGCUGAGGAAACUUGUGGAAGUAGCAGUAGAACAUGACUUAUAACCACAGUGAGAGAUUAAAACUACAAAUGGGAUUCUAGGAGGUGGCUGUGGCCAUCCAUGGCUGAUCCUUCAGUAGCACUGGCCAGUGGUCUGUCUGCUGUGCUUCUGUUUCUUUUGCUGAUUGCUCUGACUGUCUAUCUCCUGUGGAGGAAGAGACAGAGCCAGAGACAAUACCAACAACUGAUUAGCACAAACCCUUGUAUUCCUCCAUGCACUCCUGUUCUCCAGACUUCACAUGGAAGCUAUGGCUUGGCUGGAGUCCCCUUCUUUCUGCCUCCACGCUUCGAGAGUUCAUCCCACGCUGAAGUGAGUGAAGGGAGGGAGGAAGAGGAACAGUGGGAGCAUCAGCAGCACCUCCACACCCAGCGUGGCUCUCUGACUAUAGGCAGCUGGUUUCCUCUGGGCAAUCUGAGGCCUGACCUGUACCGGCUGCCUGAGGAGACCAGUGAGUGGGCAGAGCCAGGCGGAUCCAGCAUGCGUCUGUGUUUCGCUGUGCUGUAUUAUCAGGACAAAGAGCAGCUGGUGGUCUCUCUGCUCCGAGCUGCUAACCUGCCUGCCCCCUACCAGAGCAACACCACACUGGUCAAACUGCAGCUCCUGCCCCCUGACGAUCGACGUCAUCGCCAGGCCAAGGCCCGAUGCAAAGGCAGCCAGCUCCAGUUUAAUGACAGCUUUGUGUUUCAGGUGUCUAAUAGCAGUGUGGGACAGUGUACUCUGAGCAUGAGUGUGUACAGUGUAGACCGUUUGAAAAAGCACCACAUGCUGGGCCGUGUUACCUUCCCUCUCAGACCCUCUGAGCUCAGAGAGGCAGCAGGCAAAGUGCUGUGGAGGGACCUGGAGACUGAGAGCGAUCAGCCCCUCUCAAAGCAUGGCAAUAUCCAAGUGUCUCUAAACUACAACCAGUCUCUCCAGCGCCUCACUGUGGUUGUGCUUAGAGCUCGUGGACUCCAGUGUUCCAGCAACACUGGUGUCUGUGUGCAGGUCUCUUUGCAGAUACACACGCAGGUGGUGAAGAUGAAGUGGACUUCGGUAGCCCGAGGCAGUGAGCCCACCUUUAACGAGAAACUGACCUUCAGACUCCAUCCUCGGCAGCUGGACGCUACUUGUCUGAGCCUGGAGCUCCAGCAGCCAGCCACAGAAGAGCCUGCUGAGUAUAGACAAACCACUAGCGUCACAGCACCAAGGUCACUGGGAAUAGUGGUCAUUGGGCCAUUCAUGUAUGCCAGAGGCAGAGAGCUGGAGCACUGGAAUGAGAUGGUCAAUAAGUCACAGGAAUUGGUCAAGCAGUGGCAUGGGCUUGGAGCUGCAAACGCCAUUCAGAGUUUAAGCUGAACAACACAAUUCAAACACAAUGCCUGUUCAUCUUCAAACAGCUGCAUUUCAGGAGAAAGAGGACAUUAUUUUUGCAAUGAAGCUGCUUAAGCUGCUGUUUCUUUAAUGAAAGCAUCAUCUGCAUGUGAUGCACUUUAAAUGUUUCACAGAGUUUGUAGUAAGUAACCACUAUGAUUGAGCUACGUAUGGAAAAGCUGCCUUUAUUCAUGAUAAAGGCUGUGAUAAGUCUAGAAAACAUGGCUGUCUUGAUCAAACGGGGACUACCUGGACUAGCAUUCCAGAGAAAUGAAACAUGUUUGUUUGAGGGUUAUACAGGCAUUAAAUUAGAUUUGAGCAGUAAGCCUAGUGCUGCCUAAAUGUUCUGCUCCUCAAGCCUAAGCACCUGUCUAAUCCCAAUAUGAUUCUGAUGUGCAUAAUGUGGUAGAAUCACAUAGAAACUGCAUAUAUUAUUUCCUUAAUUGUGUGGUACGUUGUCAAAUCCAAAAUGAACAAAGCCUGCCGGUAAAAUCUGGCAUGUUACAAUGUAAAACAUUGCUUACAACAUGCUGCAUAAAGACAUUUCAUUACAGAGUAUUAUUAUGCGUAUCAUG